UGCACCGAAAGCUACAUCCUUAAAGUAUUAUUGAAGAUAUUAUUUCGGUUUGUCUGUUCAGUAUUCAUGUUAUGUUAUUGAAUUUCCGCGCCCGAAGGCGUAGGAAAUUCUUUAAAACCGUCGUUUUUUUCUUUUGGAGCAUUUUUUGAGAAAAAAUCGACCCUGGGAUUACAUGUUCUCCGUCACAGAUGUAAACUUCGCACCCAAGCUCCCCAACUACUGGGAACUCAUCUAAAUGAUGUUUAAGGACAAAAUUAGUAUUUGUUUUCAACAAAAUUUGGCACAGUUAACAAAAAAGUAUGCUGAACAUAAUGGUGACAUAAUAAUUUUGAUUUUUUGCCACCUUAAAUGUCAUUUUAGGACAAAAUUGGUCCAAAAAUUAAAACUACUUCAUUUUCAACAAAAAUUGGCAAAGUUAACAAAAAAAGUAUGGUGAACAUAAUGGUGACAUCGAAAUUUUGAUUUUUGUCACCUAAAUGCCAUUUUAGGCCAAAAUUGAUCCAAAAAUUAAAACCGUUUUAUUUUCGGCUAAAUCUGGCACAGUUAACAAAUAAAGUAUGCUGAAAAUGAUGAUGGUGCAAAAGUUUGAUUUUUGUCACCUAAAUGUCAUUUUAGGCCAAAAUUUAACCAAAAAUUAAAACUGCUUUAUUUUCGACAAAAAUUUGCACAGUUAAUAAAAAAAGUAUGCUGAAAAUGAUGGUCACAGCAAAAUUUUGAUUUUUUGUCAACUAAAUGCCGUUUAAGACCAUAAACGUUUCAAUCGCAAGACUUACCAUGAAUGUUAGGCUGUAUUUUUUGUUAGCAAUUUAUUUUAAAAUGUGAGUUUAUUAUGACACGUUUCGUUUUGUUUGCGUUUGUUGUAAGAUAUAAUGUCACUUGUGUGCUUUAUCUUCAGAGGUUCAUGCACCAAACCUCCUCAAAUGUUUAGCACAAUAACACAACGAAUUAGCUGGUUUUCAUCAAAUAUUUUGGUAGCGAGCGGAAAUUCUUAGAGCCCCCAGGGCUUCUUGUUCAUCCUUAAAGUAGUUAGAAUACGAUGUUCCGGUUUCUAUUUCAUGUUGCUGAAUUAUUUCUUGAGCUUCUCGUAAGGAGUCGACACAUUCUGUCUAACUUUCUAAAGCAGUAUAGUUUCAUUGAUUAGAAGAAAUGUCUACGACGGUAUAACAUACACGUUUUUGUAAAGACAAUGAAAUGAUGUUAAAACGUCAUUAAGAAAACCUUGUUCUAAGUUUGUGACCAAAUCGUAGCUAAUGCAAACAAGUAAAAGUUGUUAGCAAAAUAAUAUUUUUUCUUUGCGCUUUUUCUACAAUCUCUGGGUUUUUUCCACUUCCAUGUCAGAUUUACUUUUAUGUUUUUGCUCCACUAUUAUUUUAACAAAAGGAUUAUUGCAAUUAAAACAUCAUGAAUAAUUAAUUUAUUGUAUAGAUUUACCAAGUUUUCUUUUACGAGAUUGCGCAUGAUUUUUUUGUAUUUUUAAAAUUUCAUCUCUAUAAUAAAUAAAUAAAAUGCGCGCUAUUAUAGCUACUGUAGAAGAAUUUUAAUAAUGUAUAAACACAAAAAUAAAAAAUAUAUUUCUUUACAUCGCAUCAGAUUUAAAGAACGAAUCAUCUUCUUCGUCACUUGAAAAUAGUCAUUCUCCAUCAUAUUCUACAACACGAGUAUAUCAAAAAUGACUAUUUUUCACGAUAAACAGAGAUAAAAAUAAAAUAAAAAAAACAGUGAAUUCACCUAUUUUUAAAAUCGGUUGAAUCAAUCUUUGCUUGGUCUUUUUCCAUGAUAAUAGAUCAUAGAUUAAAAAUUAUAACGCAAACCAAGAGAAACCGAAUCUCGUGUGCGCAGUUUUCGCGCGUCUCAUGAAUCAUCGAGACAAGAAUGACCUCCAUAUGUCAGCUACUCGAAUUUCUUAAGUUAGUCGCCGAGCAAAAUAGGCCCUCCAACCUGGCACUUGUUAUUAGAGUUUUCCAGUGCUUUCGGUUCAUUUUAAAAAUGGAAAUAACAAAAGAUGAUGGAUAUGAAGAACUACUGCUGUUAGAUUUGUCGUGUUGCGAAUUGAGGACAUUGAAUGUUCCACAUCUUAGUGUUAUACAUAAUUUUAGGCCAGAAAUACUCAGGAAAUUAGUACUGUAUGGAAAUAUCUUAAAAGUAUUGCCAUCAAGUAUAUCACAAUUCAACAACCUUAUCGAAUUGAAUGUUUCUUCUAACGAGAUUUCCUGGAUAUCUAACGAAAUAUCUCAGUUAAGAAAAUUGGAAGUAUUAGAAGCAAGAAACAAUUGCCUAACGAAUCUACCAAAGGAAAUCCAGUUUUGUGAUUCAUUGAACGUGCUGAACCUUAGUGGUAAUUUAUUUGACGACUUACCAUCACAACUUUUUGAAUUAGCAAAACUUAAAGAACUAUACUUAGGUGGAAAUAAGCUAUCACAUGUGCCUCCAGUUAUCCAAAAAAUGAAAAGUUUGCAAAUAUUGUACCUUGGAGGCAAUGAAAUAACGGAAGUGUCGUCUCAACUCAAGAAAUUAAAGCAUCUACAACAUCUAUUUUUGUGUGACAACAAACUGCAAUCCAUACCAAGUGAAUUUGGACAGUUAAAAAAUUUAGAAUCACUCAGUUUGCAUAAAAACCAGUUAAAGACACUGCCUGCAGAAAUUUUAAUGCUAAUAAAUCUACGUGAACUCACUUUGAGGGAUAACCCUCUUGUUCAUACAUUUAUCCAAAAGCUAGAGUUUAGUCCGCCUUCUUUGUUGGAAUUGUGUGGGAGAUCAAUAAAAACGAAGAAAAUUAAGUAUCAACAGAAUUGGUUGCCGAGGAGUUUGCUCAACUAUUUGGACAGUGCACGGUGUUGUGUCAAUCCAAAGUGUGAUGGUGUUUAUUUUGAUUCUCGUGUAAAGUGCGUCAAGUUUGUGGAUUUUUGUGGCAAAUUUCGCUUACCCCUUGAGCAAUAUUUAUGUUCUCCAAAUGAGGGCACAUACCGCGACAACAAUGAUUUAGUAGAUUACAAACGAUUGCAGAAGGUCCUACUACCAGCAGAUGUUGUUUCUGAUUAAUAAUAUAUUUCUACGCUCAUUUUUAUUUGAACAAUCGCCCCCAAAUUGUUGAGAAUUUGAUUAAUUUAAGUUAAGUUGAAAAUAAGUCUUAUUUUGAGAAUUCUCUUCUGAAAAGAAAAGAUUAUAAAUGCUUUUCGGAUAGACCUGUGUUUCGUUAUUGUGUUCUUUAAGUAAAUUUAAUGUUGAAUUUGCUUAAAACGUUUUUAAAAAAAUGACCUAUAUUCGUUUAAGCUGUGAAUUUUUUUCAAGAUUUUUAUAAAAUUUUGAGACUAAAUUAAAAAAAAAAACAUCGAACAGGGUGGCAGGACCUAAAAUCGGAAUAACCUUUAAUUUUGGAACAACGUUACUGCCUUGUUUAUUGUAAGUCUUCGUUUCGUUCAAAAAUAUUGCCAAUAUUUGAACGUCAAAUUUAAAAUGUCGUAACGUAAAAUUGUGAAUUUGUGGCAACCUUGUCAAUCUCAAAAUAAUGGUGACAUCAAAAAUUUAAUUUUUCCUCGCCUUUAUACUGUUGGCUAACAAUUAUCUAAAAUUAAAAAUGCUUUGUAUUCUAUAAAAUUUGAAACACUGAUCAAACGAAGAAUGAUGAACGUGGCAGUGACAGUAAAAUAUUGUAUUUUGUACUUAUACCGUUUUUUUGGUUAAAAUCGGUCCAAAAAUUUCAGAGGGCUUUGUUUUCAAUGCCAUAGCAAACAAUAUUUGAACAUAUGGUAACAUCAAAGUGUUGACUUCAUCACCUUCAAAAUGUUUCUUACUACUUUUAAUUUUCUCACAAUUUCGUUUUGAUGAAACUUAUGUUUAUUUUCUGAAUGUCAAAUUUCGAAUUCUGGGCUCCAAUAUAUUUUUCCAAAUAAAAAUAUCGUUAGAAAUGCGAGAAUUAACGUAAAAAGAUUUCACAUAGAACAUAUUUUUACAAAGUUGCUUGGAUUGAUUAUUAUAUACACAAAAUGCAUUAUUUUAUACCUUUUGUACAGAUUUAUGUUUUUACUGGUUGUCUUGUAAAAAAUUUGUUUAAAUUAUAUUUAUUUUCGUGACAAUUUAUAUUCAUUUAAAAAGACAUACACACCAUUUUUUUUCUGGGAUUUUACGUGUGAAGGAGUGGAAUAUCGUUUUAAAAACUGCAGAAGUGACUGUGCUUGUUUUAAUUACACGUAGCUAUGUGUAACGAACGUACUUUCGUCUCGUUUGAAAGUGACUUUCCAGGGUUGGAUCAAACAAUAUGAUUUCUGGAAUUUGAUUGACUCAUAAAAUUUUUCGUUCCGAUCCGUACUGAAAGUUGAAAUCAUUUUAAACAAAAAACAAAAUACAAAAGAAUUAUUAGCAGUGUAGCCAAUCAAAUUAAUAUAUUAUUGCCUCUUUAGUUUGGCCUUACGUAUGAUUUUUUAAAGAUUCCCGUCCUCUUUGUUUUUCAAAUUUAAAUCGUCUCUGCUUACAUAUACAACAUGUAUAAAUUGACGAGGGUCAUUUAAUUAAAGAAUUUUUCAUAAAAUGAUCCUAUUUCACAGUUAAAGUGACAGUGACACACAUUAAAAUUUAAUCAAUAAAAACAUUUUUGUAGUGUUACUACUUUUAGUCUAGCACUACUGUGUUGUCAAUGUUUAAAAGUUCAACAACCAUGUUUUCCGACAUGUUUGCUAUGCUACAGACAGCCGAGGGAAGUAUACGCAGCAAGAAAAAAGUCAGGCAAGAAGAGAAAUUCCUCAAAAUUUACAAUUGUUAAUCUCAGUUUCUUUUUAUUCCAUUUAGAAAUAAUCAAUUAAGAAAAUUUACCUUGUAGUUUCUUCUAUCUUUGCUAUCUUAAUUUUACAUUCUUAGAAAAUUUCCACCUGACGAUAAAAAAUCUUAAUUUUUUAGAAUAUUUCCACCUGGAGAAAACAUAAAACGUAGCUAUUGAAUUCUAAAAUAGCCUUAGUUUCACUUGUACUUCCUACCUAUGUACUCAUUAAAAAAGACCAUGAUAGGUUCAUUUAGCCAAGCAGAUCCUAGAUUUGGAGAUACAGCAGGAACGCAGUGCACUUGUAAUGCUUCAUUUGGACUUUGCUGGUCAACCAUUAGGUAACCAAGUAUUUGUAAACCUGCUAAUCUGGACUUUAUCCUAAUAGAAGGUGAUAAAUUUAUAAAUCACUGAAUACCAGUGGGUUCUUAUACUUGUCCGACUCCCAUAGUCGAAAUGCUAGAGAUCUUGUUAAUACAAACGGAACUCUAAUAACAUUUGUCAGUUUGCAUCAACUAGAAUGCUACCUGAAAGCACUUUACCUGGAAUAUUUUGAGCGAACUAGUAUUUUAUAAUAACUAGUAUUUUGUUUGAUAAUUCAAACUGUUAAUGCAUGUGUAUUAGAAAAUGAUGUCUCGUAUUUAUAAGUAACUAGUUAUUAAAACCCGUGGAAGAAUCCACUGAAAUUAGUGUGCUUCUUAUCACAAUAACAAAAUCCCUUGUGCUUCUUAUCACAAAAUGAUUUGUGGUCAAUUUCAUUUAAAGGAGAGGCGAACAAGAAACUAUUUUGUGGAAGCCAGAAAAUACAUUUUAUACAUAUAUAUUUCUAACAACAUCUUUACAGAAAUUCCAUGUCUGUAUGGGGUGAAAAUAAGUAGGUUUUAAAUGUACUUUUUAGUAAACAUCACUAAAAACAUCUUUUACUUGAGAUGACCAAGAAUAUUUUACGUACUAUAGUAGUAACAGCUUUUUAUAACCUUCGUUUAAACUUCUUUGAACUAAAGAAUUAUCUGUCAUAACCAACAACAUUAUUUUUUCAUGUUUUGAGUCCCUUUUCCACAACAUACUACCAACUUCAAACAAUAAAGUUUGUUAUCAUGAGAUGGCGCCAAAUUUGAAUAAAUAUACAGACCGGAAACCUUCAAUAACAAAUCGAACGUGCAAUAUGGUGGCUUCAUCUUUCUUCCUUGGUUUUUUACUUUCUUCAUCUUUACUCGCUAUUUUAUUGGCAAGUUAAGUAGUACAAAAUAAUAAAAAUAUCUUCUUUACAUGUUGUUCAACAUUUUUGCCAUUUUGAUCUUCAACUAUUUCUUAUUAAAUCACUUUGUGUACAUUGACCCCGUCACCAUCAAAAAAGAGAAAUAUAUCCCAUUGUUUUUCAAUUUAGCCACCCGUUUGACAAAUGCGUAAAAAUACUCAAUUAUAAAAAAUUCAGCACUCACAAAAAUGUAAACAAAAUGAUGUAUGGUUUAUAGUUAUAGUUUAUGGAGCAAGCGAGCAAGCCAAUCCGUCUGGUCUUUAAAAUCAACACUUAUCAUAAACUUUUAUUCAGCAGCCGUGCCGCAGCGCAGUUCGCCUCUCCUUUAAAGGACACAGACAAUCAAUUAAAACUUUUGAACGAAAUGGACAACAAUAAUAACAACGUUAAUUGCCUGUGACUUUGCCUGUACAAUAAUUUAUAACAAAGCACUCCUAACGGUAAAUUUAAUUUAGCAUGCAAUAAAAUUUCCAACUAAUGAAAUCACUUUUUUUAAAAAACAUGAUUUGUUCUAGCCAAUUGAAAUCGUAAACAAAACAAAAUAGACGCUUUAAAGUGGCAGUAACUCUUUUAUGGCUGUCCAAAUAGCUGAAUUAUUUACUCAGUGUUUUAUUUAUACCAUUUUUUUUUACUAUUUCAUAAAAAUAUAGGCUUUAAUACAUAAUAAAAUGAUUUUAACUUAACACCAAAAUUGCUGACUCAGCAGAAAUUUCGCUUUAAAAUUGUAUCAUAAACAAGAAAAAUAUCGGCUUCUACGAGCUCAACUUUUUACAAUCUCGUUAUUUUUCAUCAGCUUCUGUUUUCAAAUGAACCUUGGGUUAACCCUGUUAAAACGAUGUGAGGAGUUUUUUUUGUUCAUUCUAUUUUUUUAACAAUAGCCUUUUGUUUUUUUUACAAGAUUCUUUCUUAGCAUCCCCUGCAGCAUCGAACGUUGGUAAAAGAAAAAUAUUCCGAAUAAAAAGAUUUCCGCACACCGUAUUAUGGCUGCAUGAUUUACUAAGCAUGUCUGAAAAUUUUAAAGUAAAACGAAAAUGCUAUCGAAAGUUAAAGCUCGUGCAGUGUAGCAUAAUGAAGAUCGUCUUAAAUUUCGACAUAAUGCGCCAUCUUUGUUGUUAUUAACGUUUCUCUUUAUUAAUUACGUCAUUUCUUUCUGUACAUUUCACAAGCGUGUACACUUAAGCUAUAUUCGGCUGAACCAAUUAAUUAUUCAUGAAUUUUAUUUUUAAGGGGAAUUGUGAAGGCUGAAUAUUUUUGGUGAAAUAUAAUAGUAUUUUAGCUAUAAAUCGUGACAAUUGUGUUAUAACAGAAAAAAUAUAGAUAUAUAGUCUGAAAAAAACCUUUCGUAACCAAUUAUGUGAAAAAAAAAAUUCUGAUUUUUAAAAGGGUUACUGCCACCUUAAAGCAAACUGUAAAAGUAGUCCAGUUGUGUUUUGACCUGGAAAAAAUGAUAUAGAACUGAAAUUUGGCACACUUACUCCUUUUUUUAUGUAGAUUACCAGAAUAAAAGCCCCAUCGAUAGUAUUUGAAGAAAAUGAGAUAUGCGCCAUUUUUAAAAAUGGUGGAUUUCCAAAUUUUCGAGAAAACGAAAGUUGAUCAAUUCGAAAACCAGUCAAUUUAGAACAGAAGGUAUUAUCACACAAACUUUGAAAAAUCAUUAUUAUUUUUAAAUUCACGGACUUUCUUUAAUAGUUUUCAUCUUAAAAAAGUAAUAAUAUGUAUACAAAUUUGUGAAAUCAAAAUGCAUCAAAUAAUCAAAAAUGUUUCUCUUCUCUUUUUCAUCUUCCAAAUCAUCUUCGACGUUACUAUAACCAUCGCAUACCUAAAAAAGAGUAAUUAUUAAGACAAAGGUUGUCUUUUUUGGUGAACUGACUUAUGCCAAGAGUUAUGACCAGGGGCGGAUCUAGGGUUAGGCAGCCUAGGCAAUUGCCUAAGCCUAGUUUUGUGAACUAGAAAAAAAAUUCUCUAUAGAUAGAAUAAUCUAUAAAAAAAACUAAAUUAUUUUUAUCAAUUUAUUUUUGGCAUCCGCCGAUUUCGACUAAGACGAUGCGCGGCGUGCGUGUUUUAUUUUACUCAAAUAAGCAAACCCGGGGCGAUCUUAGGCAAAAUGUCUAUUCGCCUAAAACGUCCGCGGGUUUUAAAGUUCCGAAUGAAUGAAAAUCACAGAUGGAAGAAAAAACGCCUAAAACGUCCGCGGGUUUCCAAGUUCCAAUGAAUGAAAUUCUGGAAUGUGAAGAAAAAACGCCUAAAACGUCCGUGGGUUUUAAAGUUUAAACGCCUAAAACGACCACGGGUACGGUUACAUGGAGCGGAUGUUUCUUUUUCAACAAGGUUUACCUGGAUCAGGUCCAAUUGCAGGGAGCACUUCAAAUGUCUAGAAUAUUAAAGCAAUUGUAUGCCACCUAAGUUAAAUAAAGAAGUUUUGAAUUUGGAAACCUUUUCAGAUAUUGAAAGGAUUGGAAAUGCUGGAGAGAAGUAUUUUGGCCACGUGUGCCGUGUUGUUGUCUCAAACCAAACCUUUAUCUUCCUCUGCAAGAGACAAUAAAUUCAGUAAUACUUGAAA